UCUAUGUUUGAAGUGAGUAUUUAAUCUUGAAUUGAAUGCAGGUUGAAAAAAACACAGAUUCAAAUCACGAGUGGAUAAGAAGUAAUCCCUGUUUUGUAGGACUCCAUAUCACACUCAAUCUCUCAUCUCCCCUAUUACUCAUCCCUUCUUCUUCUUCUUCUUCUUCUUCUUCUUCUUCCUAUCAUCAUCAUCAUCAUGCUCUCGAUUUAAUCACAUUAACACACAUGGAAAUUGAUUAUAUAAAAGAGAUGCAGCAGGCAAAUAUGAUCUCCUCCUCCUCCUCCGCGCCUCGGCCUAGGGUUAUUGCGGGCCCGGUCAUCGUGGGCGCGGGCCCCUCAGGGCUAGCCGCGGCAGCGUGCCUCAAAGAAAGAGGCGUCCCUUCGCUAAUCAUCGAGCGAUCCAACUGCAUCGCGUCGCUAUGGCAGCUCAAAACCUACGACCGCUUAAAACUCCACCUCCCGAAGCAAUUCUGCGAGCUCCCUCUCAUGCCGUUCCCGUCGCACUUCCCCACCUAUCCCGACAAGCGCCAGUUCGUCCAGUAUCUGGAGGCCUACGCGGAGAGGUUUGGAAUCAGGCCGGUGUUCGGGCAGGCGGUGGAGAGGGCGGAGUACGAUGACAAGCUGGAGAUGUGGAGAGUGAAAACGGCAGCGGCGGCGGAGGAGUAUGUGUGCAGGUGGCUGAUUGUGGCGACGGGGGAGAAUGCGGAGGCGGUGGUGCCGGAGAUGGAGGGGCUUACGGAGUUUGGCGGCGUGGUGCACACGAGCGGCUACAAGAGCGGGGAUGUUUAUGAAGGGAGGAGAGUGCUGGUCGUCGGCUGCGGGAAUUCCGGGAUGGAGGUUUGCUUGGAUCUCUGCAAUCACAAUGCAACCCCUUCUCUUGUCGUUAGGGAUACAGUGCACAUUCUACCAAGAGAGAUGCUGGGGAGAUCGACUUUCGGGCUGUCCAUGUGGCUGCUAAAGUGGCUGCCUAUAAACAUUGUCGACCGGUUUUUGCUCGUCUCGUCAUGGCUCUUACUAGGCGACACGGCCCGGUAUGGGCUCGACAGGCCCAAGGUAGGGCCUCUCGAGCUCAAGAGUCUAUCCGGGAAAACCCCGGUUUUGGACGUGGGAACCCUUGACAAGAUCAAAAGUGGAGACAUCAAGGUACGCCCAGGGAUUAAAAGGCUAAGGUACAAAUCAGCCGAAUUUGUGGAUGGAAGAGUGGAAAAUUAUGAUGCAAUAAUCCUAGCAACUGGUUACAAAAGCAAUGUGCCAUGUUGGCUAAAGAAAAGUGAGAUGUUUUGUGAGAAAGAUGGGCUCCCAAAAAGGCCAUUUCCCAAUUGCUGGAAAGGCGAGUGUGGACUAUACGCGGUUGGGUUCACCAAACGCGGCCUUCUCGGGGCAUCCAUUGAUGCCAAGAACAUUGCUGCUGACAUCGAGGGCUCUUGGAAGGAAACCAUCUCACAGUCCAAAUAUUCCCCGAGUUUCAUGCAAAAGCACCUUUAGUCCAAAUACUUGCCGAGUUUAUUCCCUUUUUAGGUCAUCGAAUGUCCGGCUAAUCAAUCUUGGAAGGGACGGGCCAUGCCCGACCCUUAGUGCCCGAUGGGGUUUGAUAGAGAAUGCGGGAUGGACACGAACAAGAGCGAAAAUGGGAUGUAAGAAAAUUGGAGAAUUUUUGGGGGUACUAAUAUUUGAAGUACAAAGGUUGGUGCCAUUGGAAUCUCCAUGGAAAAUUAAGGUUGAUUUUGUUAGGGUUAAUAGUAGUAGUACUAGGUGCAUUGCAUUUUGUACAGGUAUAUUUUCUUCUCUAAUUUCACUAGCGAUUUAUUGAA